AUGGGAAGCAUCGGCGCGUAUACACCUAGGCAUGUUGAUACGGAGCUCUGCUUCUGGAGACGUCCGGAUACCGGCAGGAGUGUUCAGAUCGACUUUACCAAGGGCAAGCCCGAGGACAAUGUCAAACAGAUGCACGUCCUUGACGAGACACACAGCGUGCAAGUGCAGGAUAUCCGAGAUGAAUCGUCAUACACACUCGACAAGAGCGGCUUCGUGUAUUUAUCGCACGAGAUACCCGAGCUGGACAGAGUCUCAGACGGAGAGUUUGUCCGGGACAGCAUCAUUCCAAAGACAGAAGAGCUAGUUCGUAACGUCACCGGCGCGACUAGGACAAUCACAUUCGCACACCGGGUGCGAUGCCUCGCAUCAGAUCCAUCCAUGCUCGCCGAUAACCGGAGCCCAGCACACAGUGUCCAUUCAGACUUCACACCUGCGGGUGCACUCCACCAGCUCGAGACUAUCGUUCCAGACGAGAAGGAGCGCAACCGUCUCCUCGCAGGCCGCGUGUUGGUCAUUAAUGUCUGGCGGCCAUUGAAACUUAUUCAGAGGGACCCUCUUGCAGUCUGUGACUGGAGUUCCCUCGAUAUCGAAAGCGAGGGUAUCCCCAACCGUAUAACGCUACCGCAUGGUUGGAAUGAACUGGGGAGGUACGCGUGUAGUGCGAAGCAGCGAUGGUGUUAUCUCGGCGGUCAACAGCCUAGUGAACCUCUAGUCUUCACACAAUUCGAUAGCUCCAAAAUGGAGGAAGGUGGUACCACCGUGCCUCACAGUGCGUUUGUUGACCCGACAUAUAAUGAUUUUGCUGCAAGGGAGAGUCUGGAAAUCAAGAUGUUUGCGUUUGUUUAG